UUUAGAGAGCUCAUGGGGUGAUCGAAUUUCGCGUCACAUAUUUAUUUGAUGGCAAUUGUUUGAACUCGUUCUUCGUUCCGUGGAUUAGCGUUCUGGGCCUUUCUAUUGGGAAUUUUCCGAUACGGUUCCCCGAUUUCCUAGUAAUCAAGGACGAGAGAUUUUUAUGAGCACACGUGCCUUGAAUAACGUAAUACGGCCACAUCGAUCGACCAAAGCCAACAGCGGUGACAGUAUCAACAUUUUACAGUGGUGUUGGUGAUGAAGAAGGAACUGGAGAUAAUCAGACCAGAGAAUUCAUAUUCCAUGCUUGGGGAACAAUAGCUUCAGAUACUACUGAAUAGCAAUUUAACAAAACGCCUGCGAAAUUUCAAUUCCUCUGAACUCGAGCUGUUCGUCGAAAAUGUCGACUCCUCGCUUCCAUCGUCAGCACUGCUUCUUAUGCGAUCUUCCUCACUCUCCUUGGGCAAUUUUGCAGGAUUUUUCGGAACCUGUUUGCCGUGGUUGUUGUAACUACGAAGGCCCUGACCGAAUUGAAGAUGUUAUACAUUAUUCUAGGAUUUUAAGGCGAACAUGGGAAAAUAACGAGGCCAACAGGAGUCGAGGAGUAAAAACAGAGCGACUUAAUUCGGCGGGAUCGUCUGUAUCUUCAACUCCUAGUCCGCCACCCGCUAACGGUACUAACUACCCGCCGCAAUUUUCAGAGCAAAGAAAAGCCGCUGGUAAACUUCAGAAUCCUCACAGAAUUGGGGAGGAAGGAAUGGAAAAUUCACACGGGCACGGGAACGGCGAGGCUGUAAAUGGACCGGGCUCGAAAGUAACUCGACCUCCAGGAAAUAUUGGUUCUCGCGAAAUGGAAAGACGAGGCUCUGGUUUCAACAUCGAAGACGCGAGGCAUGCAAACGGAAAUGCGUUACAAAGACUCCAUCCACCCUUGACCCCGAAUGGACCUCAACAAAAUUUUGUAGUUGAUGGCCCCCGGCCAGAACUUAUACGGGAAACUCUGACCACCUUGAACAGGUCUUGUCCGUUUGAUAUCAGGUUCAAGAAAGAUUAUGCUUUCGUUGGCCGUGUGUUUGCUUUCGAUGUCAGCUGUAAGCCUGGGAUUGACUACGAACUUAAGAUUUUCAUCGAGUACCCCCGAGGAUCUGGUUGUGUUUUUCAAAGUGCAUCUGGAGUGGCGAAACAGAUGUACACGGAGUCUUUGAAGGAAAUGGCAAAGCCUCUUUCCUCUGGGUUCAAAUACUUGGAAUACGAAAAAGAUCGUUCGAAAGGAGAGUGGCGAUUGCUGGGAGAUUUUCUUCCUGAACCCGUGCGUUUGUUCAAGGAAUCUGUUAAUCCUGAAUUUCUGGCCAAACCUCAACUAGAUGCUGAAUUUCCAGUCUUACCCAAUGUGAAUCUCAGCUUUAAUCGGUCAGGCCCUGCUUAUGGUCGAAAGCGUAAAGGUGCAAUUGAUUUGGAAGAAUUUGAAGUUGCUGCUGGGAAGCGUGCAGGGGCCAUGCAUGGGCGCAUGACACGCGAUGACACCUUGCAUAGUGUGUGGAUGCCAAACCAAUCAGCUGAUGCUGUCAAAUUAGCAGUUCAUGUCCCAGGAGCACCACUGCCUCCAGGAACACCUGUCAGUUCCAUACCAUCUGCGUCAGUUCCACCAAUGGUCUCCCUUGCAGUAUCCAAGGGUGCCUCUAGCUUGUCAGUCUCUGAACACGCCCGUGCUCAAGUUAAAUCACCCAUGGGCACCAUGAUGAACCGGUUUGAAUUACCUCCCAGUUCAGUGCUUCGUGAAGACUCCAGAAAUGGCCCAAAUGCUCUUGUGGCUGGUUCACCUGGCGCCGAGCGACUAUCACCACGACCACAUCAAUCACCACGACCCUUACCAAACUCUGGUGGAGCGAAAGGUGUGGAUGCUCCAGGUGAAGGAGAAGUCAAAGGACGGGGCACCACUGUGAAUAUUUUAACAUGCAGCCUUUGUCGUGACAAGUUGGAAGACACUCACUUUGUACAGUGCCCGUCAGUAGGUCACCACAAGUUCUGUUUCCCCUGUUCACGGGAGAGUAUUAAAAAGCAGGGAGCAGGUUCAGAAGUCUUCUGUCCCAGUGGUGAGAGGUGCCCCUUACAAGGAAGCGAUCUACCCUGGGCAUUUAUGCAAGGAGAAAUUGCAACUAUUCUUGGAACUGAGUAUGCUGUAAAAAAGGAGAAAGAAACAUAAUUGAAUGUUUUCAUCAGACUGUAAUAAAAUAUAUAUAUCACAGGAAGCAAAUUUAGUUUUGGUAAAAACAAUGUCGUGGUGUGUACAUGUUUUGGUACUUUCAUUGCACAUAUUGUUCCAAAUAGAAAUUCCAUCUGCAUUCGUGACAAUCUCCGUGUAGGAACAUUAGGAACAUUUUUUUGUGUUUGUUAUUUUGUGCAUCUUAUGCUGUAGUAAAUCGGUGUCAAGAUUUAGAGCAAGGUGCUAGUGCAGCUGAAGGUGGCAUGAUUUUCAAAAAUAAAGAGAAGUUGUUUUUGACAACUAAGCUUCUAUGAAAUCACUCUACUAUUGUAUGUCUAAAAGAAUGUUUUUGCCAAGUUCUUGAGAAGUUUUUUAUGAGGCAACACAUUUACUGUUGUCAGGGUGACAUGAAUUGAUGCUACUUUAGUUUGGAAUUGUGUGACUUGUGCAGUUCCAUGUGCACUUCAUCUUUCAUUGUUACGUGCCAAUUGUCAAGGCAAUGGUGGCAAAAUCUAGGGUUUUAUAGUGUGUUUAUUAGUAGCAAAUUAAAAGUAAACAGUGCUGUAAAUUACUGCAAAGCUAAACAUUUUAUUUUUACAAGAUCAACUUUCAGUUGAUUCUCUUGUACACUGUGUAGCUCCUCUGCAGUGAGUUAUUGUGUAAAUGUGGAAAAUAGCUUUUGUUUAUAAAUAUAUGAAAGCUAAGAACUAGCUGAGGAACUUUCUUUUGAAAACUGAGGAACUUCAUAUUCUUUCCAGGAAAUGAAUACUAAUUGUGAAAAAAUUUCAUGUCAAUCUUGAAAAUUAAUGACUGAAAACUGUAUAUAACUAACAUGUUAGUCUUGUCAUUUACCAUAGUUCAGUCAUCUUUCUUAGUAAAGGGAUGCUCAACAUACUUUUCUUUUAAAUGGAUUGAAUUCUUACAAAUACAGUUGUAUGAUUAAGUGCUUUUUAAUCCUUGUGUUAAGGUAGUGAUAUGACAUCAGAUGUCAUUAGGGAUGCUGCCAAGUGCUGGCUACUGUAUUUCACUGGCUGAAAGAAAAGCUAAAUCUGUCCGAAAUUUCACACAAAAACAAAGACUUGGUCAACUGUGGAACUGCGAAGGCCUGAAUAGCCUGUUUGUUAAUGAGCCGGCUGAGUGUUUCCUUUGCUACAUCCCUGUGUCAUUUUGGUGUGAAAAUGAUUUUGAAUGUCAGAUUGUGUUAACUGUUUGUCGUGAAUUAAAGGUGUGUCUGUCAGAUGA